GCAGAAGCGCCUCGGCGGUCGGCCUAGUUGGAAAGUUGUAAAGUAGAGAAUCGGUAGAGUCGUGGGGAGCUCUCGGAAAUGUGCUCGACGCAUCGGAUGCGAGGGCCGGUGACCGUCGCGGGGCACCGGCACUGAGCCCCGUCCGAGCCCAUGGCCGAGCGGGGCCUCGUCCACGGGAAACAGCCCGACACUGGCUCCGAGAGCACCGCGCUCCUCUCGUCGGGCUGCUCGAGUCGCGGGCAUCAGUUCCUCGACUUUCACGGCUCGGGGACGAGCAACGUCGACGAGUCCAGUCGUGGCAGUGGCUCAUCCUUCAGAUUCAGCAGCUUGACCGACGAAACGCAGGACUAUGGUUCGAUUUCCGUUUUACAAGCAAAAAGGCCAGCAGCAUUGACGAGCAACAAUCGCGUUUCCUCGUCGGCCAGAGCAUCAUUCUCGCCGAAUCUCGAGUGCGAAAAGUUUUAUGAUAUUCAGAAUGCCGAUUUGCAAUUUAAAGGCGAUGUGUUUGAUACGGAUAUUGGCAUAGAAAAGAAGAAAUUAUUGCGAGAAUUUUUUUCAAACUCUUUGUCAAAUCAAUUACUUAUCAAAGAUAUCACGGAAGACAUCAAACCAAAACAAAGUUCUCUAGUCACAAUUUUUUCCGUAUGGAACACAAUUUUGGGCUCUUCCAUACUGACUAUGCCAUGGGGAAUUUACAUGGCUGGUUUUGUUCCUGCUAUGCUCCUUAUACUUGCCAUGAGUGGUUUAUGUCUCUUCACAGCCUAUAAAUUACUACAAGUACACAAAUAUUAUGGAGGAGUUGAAGGAAUCGAAGUGACGGAACUUAGUAAAAUUUUUCUGGGUUCGUGGGCCGAAUACAUGGCGAAAAUUUUUAGUAUGAGUGUACUUAUGGGUGCUAAUAUCGCAUACUGGAUUUUAAUGUCGAACUUCUUAUAUAAUUCUGUUAAUUUUUUUUACGAUAUUAUGACUGAUAUUCCUCUAUCAUCUGUAACUUCCAACAAAACAAGUGAAAGUAUACUUUGCCCUAAAAGAGAUAUUUUAAAUACGACGAUAAACUAUGAGAUUUCGUAUGAUAAUUUAGGACCAAUCUGGGAUUUAUACAAAACAGUGCCGAUAUUCUUAGCUUUAUUAGUAUUUCCUGUUUUGAAUUUUAAUACUACGACUUUCUUUACGAAAUUCAAUUCUCUUGGUACAAUUGCCAUUAUAUAUCUAGUUUUAUUCGUACUUAUAAAAUCAGCGUCAUGGGGCAUUAACAUGGAUAAAGCCGCUUGGGAUGAUAUUUGGAUUCUGCGCCCGACAUUUCCAGUUUUAUCUGGAAUGCUAUCUUUAUCGUUUUUUAUCCAUAAUAUAAUAAUAACAAUCAUGCAAAGUAAUCGUAAUCAACAUAAAAAUGGACGAGAUUUGACUAUAGCUUAUGUUUUAGUAACAAUUACUUAUAUAAUUGUUGGAAUUGCAUUUUACGUUUGUUUCCCGCUCAUGAAAAUUUGUAUCGAAGAUAAUCUAUUAAACAAUUUUCAAAAAACUGAUGGACUCACCGUUGGGGCACGAAUUGUUCUUUUAUUUCAACUAUUUACCGUUUAUCCUCUACUAGCUUAUAUGUUAAGGAUUCAACUGCUCUCUUCUUUAUUCAAGACAAUUAAAUGCCGCCGAAGUCUUACAUUACUAAUUAAUUUUAUUAUUGUCGCAAUUUGUAUUCUUUUUGCGGUGUUUUUGCCGCAUAUAGGAACGAUUAUAAGGUACACUGGUGCGAUCAGUGGACUUGUUUAUGUAUUUACACUACCACCUUUGUUACAUUUGAUGAUCUCAUAUAGGCAAGGGACGAUUACUAUGCUUAAAGUUCUUUGUUAUAUUUGUAUUCCAAUCAUUGGACUCUUAAAUCUUAUAAGUCAGUUUUUUAUGCAAACAAUUUAAGUAAAGUACUUAUUUUUUAAAAAUAAAUUUAU